GAUAUGCCAGUUGCACGUGUAGCAGCGAACAUCAUAGCCAGUCCAUUGCGCAAACUGAGUGAACCGGUGCUCCAUCAACAACAAUCUAGGCCCGAAGACCUGGAUGCUCUUGCUUGUGAAUUAUCGCGAAUGGGUGGCUCUACAGGAAACAGUGGUGGCGUUUCUCCUCCUCCUCCUGCUCCACCGCCGCGUGAUGCUUCCAUCGCAAGUGUCAACGAUGGAGAUGAUGACUCGUUGGGAGGAGGAACGUUGCGUGGUCCCAACAAGCCUUUACCUCCAACGCCAACGGGAGGCUCUCCACCAUCCGACAUCUCUAAUCAGGACACACUUCCUCCUCAAAAGAGAAACAAGGACGUGGUACUGAGACCUAGCAUGGUGAAGGCUGCUAGUAUGCCUGAUCAAUCCUCCAGUACUCCACCGACCGAAUUUGGUUUGGGUGAAAGCUCAUCCGAAAGCGAAGACGAUGUUCACGAGCUUCAUGCUUCUGUACGGCGAUCAUCGGCCACCAAUCCUCUUCUCCCAACUGUUUCUUCCUCUCGCUGUAAUGCUCCUUUGGCUUUGCCAGAUCUGUUACCCAAAACUCGUGAUGCCAGCAAAUUUGAUGAACAACGUAUAUGUGAUGCCCCUGUCGAAGAGUCGGAAAGAGUUGCAAAUGCAUGCACUAAUGGAUCGAAAAUUGCUUUGCAUCAACAGCCACUCACAUCGAGAGAUCGGGAGAAAUCGUUUGUCGGAUUUUUCGGUACAGGAGCCGUAUUAGGAGCUGGUACUGUAAAUCGUCCUGGGAGAGCACAAGAUGCCAGUCACGUUCAG